AUGUCUAACUCAUUGGAACAACUCAAAGCCACUGGUACUGUUAUUGUGACUGAUACUGGUGAAUUCGAGUCAAUUGCGAAGUACACUCCUCAAGAUGCUACUACCAACCCUUCAUUGAUUUUGGCUGCUACCAAGAAGGAGGAGUAUUCAAAGUUGGUGGACGUCGCAAUUGAGUAUGCUAAGGACAAAGGUGCCUCUCCUAAGGAAAAGGCUUCAAUUGCGUUGGACAGAUUAUUGGUCGAGUUUGGUAAGGAGAUCUUGAAAAUCGUACCCGGCAGAGUUUCGACCGAAGUCGACGCCAGUUUGUCAUUCGACAAGGAAGCCACUGUGAAGAAAGCCCUUGAGAUCAUUGAAUUGUACAAAUCCAUUGGUAUUUCGAAGGACAGAGUUCUUAUCAAAAUCGCUUCUACUUGGGAGGGUAUCCAGGCUGCCAAAGAAUUAGAAGAGAAGCACGAGGUUCACUGCAACCUUACUUUGUUAUUCUCUUUCGUCCAGGCUGUUGCUUGUGCCGAGGCUAAAGUUACUUUGAUUUCACCAUUUGUCGGAAGAAUCUUGGACUGGUAUAAGGCCUCAACUGGUAAAGAGUACGACGGCGAAAGUGAUCCUGGUGUGAUCUCAGUGAGAAAGAUUUACAACUACUACAAGAAGUUUGGCUACAGUACCAUCGUUAUGGGGGCGUCUUUCAGAAACACUGGCGAGAUUAAGGCUUUGGCGGGCUGUGACUAUCUCACAGUUGCUCCCAAAUUGCUUGAGGAAUUAAUCAACCUGACCGAUGCAGUACCUCAAGUUUUGGAGAGCGGCAAGGCUAAGGACUCUCAAGAGGAGAGGGUCUCUUAUAUCAACGAUGAGGCCCAAUUCAGGUUUUUGUUCAAUGAAGAUGCUAUGGCUACCGAAAAGUUAUCUCAAGGCAUUAGGAGCUUUGCCAAGGAUGCCCACACUUUGCUUGGCCAGUUGGAGGCUAAAUUCGAGUAA